CUGCCGGACGCUGCUCUGCUGGUGGAGAAACUCCUGAGGAGGAGGACCUUCAGACCCGACCCGCAGGGCUCCAACCUCAUGUUCGCCUUCUUCGCUCAGCACUUCACACACCAGUUCUUCAAGACCUACAACCGCAUGGGCCUGGGCUUCACCAAGGCCCUGGGCCACGGGCACCUGAGCGGCUACCUGCUGCGGCUGAAGUUCGACCCCACGCUGCUCUUCGACUCGCCCUUCCAGUACGGGAACCGCAUCGCGCUGGAGUUCAGCCAGCUCUACCACUGGCACCCGCUCAUGCCCGACAGCUUCCACAUCGCCGGGGACGAGCUGCCCUACUCCCAGUUCCUCUUCAACUCCACCGUGCUCACCCACUACGGCGUGGAGAAGCUGGUGGACGCCUUCUCCCGCCAGAGGGCCGGACAGGUAACAGAGGCCACGCCCCCAACCUUUAGGAGCUCCAACCAGGUGGCCUGA